AGACGUGGAAUGGAAUCAGACGAAGAAGAUGCGCGCGAUGGCACCGUUCUCAAAAUUGUGGUUUGCGGUGAUGGUGCAAGUGGUAAGACUUCAUUAUGCAUACGUGUCGCUCAGGAUAAUUUUACUAGGCAAUAUCAACAGGCUAGCAAUAAAUUUAUUUUUUAUCAGAUUUUUUUCUUUCCUUUCAUUUUAAUUUAUCUAGCAAAAUCCUUCUCUACUUACAAAACUAUUAUUACUGUAUAUAUCCGUUGUACACUUGCAGUCAACCAAUUUGGUAUAUUUAAUUCCAUAAGAUUGGUUAAAAAGAUUGAUACGGUCGGCCUGGAUUUUUUUUCUCGACGUCUUGCAUUGCCAGGAGACAUUUCAGUCCUUUUGCAGAUUUGGGAUAUUGGCGGACAAAGUAUAGCUAGCCCAAUGUUAGAGAAAUAUAUCUAUGGUGCACAUGGUGCACUAGUCGUUUAUGAUGUCACUAACGGAUCGAGUUUUGAAAAUUUGGGAGACUGGGUCAAUAGCAUUAAAAAAAUAACCAAAACGCAAGAGAAGCCAGUAAAAAUGUCGUUAGUUGGCAAUAAAACCGAUUUGGAACAUCGUCGAGCUGUUCGUAUUGAUAAACAUGCAAAAUUCGCUGAAUUACAUUCAAUGUCGAGUUAUUAUGUUUCUGCUAAAACUGGUGAUAGUGUUAUGUUAAUGUUCAGGCAAAUAACUUGUGAAAUUCUUGGAAUUCAGUUAAAUAAAUCGGAUAUGGAAGCAGAUAUAAUCGUUGUGAAAGCACCAAUUGCCACGAAUUCCGCCGAAACGAAUACAAAAUUCGUCCGAAGAACUAAUCAGUCGCAUAAUACCGCCGUUUGUUCGCUUUCUUAA